AUGGCCACCUUGGCCUCGUCACCCCCGACCUCGCCCUCGUGGCCCAAACGACGCCCUCGAGCAUGGGCCCUCCGCUGCGAACGAUACUGCUGUGCAGCAGCAAGCUGCUUUCCGCUCGCCUUUGUCUACGGCAUCACCACCUGGGCAGUAUACGUUGCUGUCAGCAUUGGCAUCAGGCCCUCACGGAGUGACUGGAUUGGGGUCCCAAGCUCCAUCGUCGCAUUUUCCCUCUACGCCAUCCUCAACUUCUCAUAUACCGUUGCCGUCUUCACUGAUCCGGGGUCACCGCUCUCUACAUCUCGCGGGGCCGACCGUCACGAGUACAGCGCCCUUCCUCCUUCCGAGCACCCGGAGUUCACAUCAUAUACUGUCACCUCGACUGGUGAAUCAAGGUACUGCAAAAAAUGUCAGUGUCCGAAGCCGGACCGUGCGCACCACUGCUCGACAUGCAAACGAUGCGUCCUCAAGAUGGACCACCAUUGUCCCUGGUUGGCAACCUGUGUUGGGCUGCAUAAUUACAAGGCAUUCCUGCUGUUUUUGAUCUACACCUCGAUAUUCUGUUGGGUUGUUUUUGGCAUUGCGUCCGUUUGGGUCUGGACUGAGAUCCUGAACGAUACCCAGUACAUGGAUACUAUUCUCCCAGUCAAUGUAGUUCUUCUGGCUAUCCUAGGCGGCAUCAUUGGACUGGUGCUGAGCGGAUUCACAGCCUGGCAUAUCAGUCUCGCUAUACGGGGUACCACCACCAUUGAAUGUUUGGAAAGGACCCGAUAUGUGUCGCCAUUGCGCAAAGCACUAGACAGACACCGGAAUGAACAGGCUCCCAACAACAACUAUUGGGGCGAGCCGGGCGAGGAAAGCAUAUCCACCCGACUGCAAGGAUAUGGGAAUCAGAUAAUCGAUGCCCACGCCAAUGCAAUCCCAGGAGUGACCCGAGCCGAAGAGGGCGAAGAGGACAUGUAUCCUGUGCCGCGCCCAUCAGGGCCCCCUGACGGCUCAGGCAACGGCCUCACGCCAGCGCAGCAAGCGUUGACCCGUUCAUACGCCGAAAUGGAGCGACAGCGCGAGCACUCCCGAUACGAGGAGUACCAAAACGACGAAGACAACGAGAAAAUGCCCAGCGCGUUUGACCACGGCUGGCGGCGUAACCUGCUCCACCUUUUCGGCGACCGACCGCUCCUCUGGGCUCUGCCCAUUUGCAACACCACCGGCGACGGUUGGCGCUGGGAGCCCAGUGCUGAAUUCCUAGAAGCGCGUGAACGCAUGCGACAGCGUCGAGAACAAGAAUCUACCGAGGAGCAGCAGUACUACCGCGAGUUGUACCAGCGCAAUUUAGACAACAGUAAUAGUUGGAGGGAAGGCGCUGCACAGCCGCAACGGGUGCCAAAUCGCGGUAGCACGCCUGAUCGGCCUCCGACCUCUGUGUCGAUGCAGACUCUCGCACCCCGGUCGCCGAGACCGAGGCCUGGCGAUAGUGAUUAUGGCGAUGACGUGGAAGGGGGCGGGUUGUUGGAUCCGGGCGCUGGCCGCCAGCAGGCUGCACGUCCAUUUCUAUGUAGCAUGUUGAAGGCGUUUGAUUUGCAGCAUAACUAUGUACCACUGCCCAAUAACAUCAUCCCCGCAAAACCGGAACAACUGUCAUCUUCUCCCUCCAACAACCCCGAGGUCCAAUUCAACCUCCGAACAUAUUCCCAACUCCAAACUCCAAUUCCAAUCCCAUACAAAAGCGCAAACCCCAAAAUGUCCUCCCCCUCAACCCGCCGCCUCCUAAAAGAAAGCACCGACCUACACAAAAACCCAAGCCCAUACUUCACAGCCGCCCCAAUAAGCGACACAAACCUCCACGACUGGCACUUCACCCUCGCCGGACCCCCCUCCCCAUCCCCCUACGCCCAGGGCCUCUACCACGGCCGCAUAACCUUCCCAGCCACAUACCCACUCCGCCCUCCGUCCUUCCGCUUCCUCACGCCCUCCGGCCGCUUCGAAGUCAACCGCGAAAUCUGUCUCAGCAUCUCCGGCCACCACGAGGAGACAUGGCAGCCGGCUUGGGGUGUGCGCACUGCACUGCUAGGCAUCCGCUCUGAGAUCUUUGGUUCCGAGAGUCAGGGUCAGGUUGGGGGGAUGGAGGGGAGUGACGAGCUGCGGCGGGAGUAUGCGCGACUAUCGCUUGGCUGGUCUUGUCGGGAGUGUGGGGUUGGGAAUUUAGAGGCUAUGAGGGAAUUGUGGGGGGUUUGUCGGGAGCGUGGCGUUGAGGUUGAGGGUGAGGUUGCUGCUGUUGAUGGGGGUGUUGGUGUUGGUGCUAAUGCUGGUGUCGAGGGCCAGCGGGAGAUGGUUGAGGCUGAGACUGAUGCUCCGGCUGCGUCUUCGAGUCGGAAUUCUGGUAAUGAGGACCAGGAUCGAGGGGAUGGUGCUGGAGAGAGUGCUCCGCCUGCGGAAUCUGUUCCGGGUCCUUCUGCGUCUGCACCGGUGCCCGCGGCGCAAGUACAGGCACAGGCACAGCUAUCUACUAUACAAGCACCGGCUGCAGCUGUUAUUCCUACGCGGACAAGCUCCUCUCAACUGGAUUCGACGGAGUCUCCAUCUGAAAGUGUCUGGCUGGACCGGGCUAUCAUUGGUGUCGUCGUUGCUCUUGUCUUGUUGAUAUUGCGCCGAGUGGCGAACGUCGACGAUUUGUAA